GCUCCCGUGCCGUCACCGAGAGUCUCCCCACCGUAACCCCGCCGAGAAAGUUCCGCCUGCCGCUUGACUCCGGGGAUAUGUACGACCGCGGAGUGAAUCCUCCGGGUGCAGGAGCUUAUAUCCUUCUGCUCAAAAGCCUCCCUCGGCCUUCUGCGGAUGCAGAGCGGAUCCUCUGAAGCUGCAGCGUGGCAGAGUGAGGAUGAUCCUUUCCUUCACGCACAGAUACAGCUCAUCACUGGCAUUGUCGGCAACUGAGUCAGAUCGAUUGAUAGAUGUCCGUUAGAGUAGGAUAACAAAGCGUACAGUGCGCCAGAUUCCUUGAAGGUAUCCGUGGAUAGUUUCAUCAAAGGUUGAAGGUAGUUAAGGCUUUGGAACCAUGGCCUGGAAUUGCCGCCAAAUCUGGGCUCAUGUCUACUUGGAUUUACCGCUGCUCGUUCAAUUGUUCUUCUUCGUGCGUCCGCUACACGGGACACCGAUUUCACCCGGCACCAGCGAGACAAGCAUAACGUACACCAAUAUGAUCAACUCGGUGCUGGAGGGGUAUGACGCCCGUCUGAGGCCGCACUAUGCAGGGAAGGCGCUACGUGUGGGAGUCACCGUGGAUGUGUCCAGUUUCGAUCACUUUUCUGAUACCAACAUGGAGUACAACUUGACUUUCUACAUGCAUCAGUACUGGACGGACUACCGUCUGCAGCACACGUCCACCCUGAACCAGAACCUGACGUUACACGGCGCCAACGUGGACGUCAUCUGGGUCCCGGACACGUACUUCGUCAAUGCCAAGAGAAGUCUGUUUCACACGGUUACCACAGAGAACAGAGUCGUGUACAUCAACACUUCUGGAGGGGUCACGUACAUACUGAGGGUGUCUGCAGCUCUAGCGUGUAACAUGAACUUUGACACGUACCCGAUGGACGUCCAGAAAUGUGAACUGCAGGUCGGCAGCCAUGGCUACUCCGCCCGGGACCUGGUGUACUAUUGGAAAGACGGGCUCGACUCCGUGGAAGGCUUCAGUAACAGCUACCUACCGUAUUUCUCUAUACACAACAGGACUAUCACAGAAACAUCAGAUGAGUACGCAUACCUGUACUUCAGUUUUGAGUUGCACCGCAAGGUGGCGUACUUCAUGAUCCACACGUUCAUCCCGCCCAUCCUGAUCGUGAUCCUGUCCUGGGUGUCGUUCUGGGUGGAUCACCGCUCCGUUGCUGCGAGGGUGACGCUGGGCAUUACGACGGUCCUUUCCAUGACCAACAUCAUCAUGAACGACCCGACCACGACUUUGCCCAAGGUGUCCUACAGCAAGGCCAUCGACGUUUACCUUAUAUGGUGCUUCAUGUUCGUGUUCGCCGCUUUCCUGGAAUGUGCGGCGGUGACGUACAACUGUUACUACUGGGAGCUAAGGUUACAGAUCCCGUCUGGGCCGGACGGGAAGCCAUUAGAACCGCCGGACGAACCGCAGGAAAUGGAGGAGGCCAAGCCGAACGGGAAUGCCUCAUCACGACACAACGACGCGAGACAGAAAUCCGGGAAGACGAUAUUCCGUCGCAACCUGGAGAGACUAAGCCAGCGGCGGAAGCCCGCGAAGCAGUACAACGCGGUCAAAGACACGUUCUCCCGCAAGGUUCUGUACGGCCACACGGCGCCGAUAGACAGAUACGCCAGGGUCUUCUUCCCGGUGGCUUUCCUCAUACUCAACAUCGCCUACUGGAAUCUAUAUCUGCGAUAACUUCUAUUUUUGAAUUACGCGUUGACAUUGUAAAAUACAUUUCACCAAGUGAUGCCGUAUAUAGAAAUUAUAACUUUUGACAUUUCAAGAAUGCAGACGUAUCUGCUGCAUACAAAUGCAGUACAUGUAGAACAAAUAUAUGAAACAGCCUAAUAUCAAAGUAUACAUACAAUGUAUGCCGUCUGGUUUUUUUUAAUACCAACUAUGAAACUUACUAGCUUGUUGAAACUAGUGCAAGUGGAUAAGGACAAAAAAAGAUGGGCGGUGUAUCUAAAACAUGUUCCUAUAACAGAAUCUGAGAAUGAAACAAAAACUACUAUUUCACCACUUCGCUGCAAUAGAACAUUGUGCACGCACAUGUAGCUCUUAGGUGCCUAAAAGGACACAUCUUCAAGAACACGGGAUCACUGACUGUUUUUGUCAUGUCUUUGGGACCCUUGAUUCCAAAUAGAGACUACCACUGAACCAAGC